ACAGCUGCUGGGUCUCGGCAUCGUUCCCUCCUUCUCUCUUCCUUCAAACUCCAUCACACACACGUCCACACACACUCUGCUGGCUCAAAUAAAACUCCAUCUCACACACACACUCUGUCUGCCUCGUCCCUCCGCCGCUCUGCCUCACCUUGCGCGACGUCAUAUGCCGUCCCCCGCCCGCCCACAUGGACCCGCCUCCACACACACCUCCACCUGACGCACAUAAACAAAAGCGAGUGGGAGUGACGCAAAACACUCCCAACGCUUGAAAUAGGUUGAGUUUCUCUUUCUCUGCCAGGAAGUUUCUGGAGAAUUUUAAAAAUGUCAGAUGUGAUGAAUAAGAUGAACAGGAACAAAAGUUCCACAUCCUCAACCAGGAAGACGUUCCUCACUCAGUUCUUUUCUCUGCGUCGCUCCUUAAGUGUCAUGGAUUGUUUUUGUAUUAAUCUGGCUGAUUUAAUAAUUUUUCUCCCAUAUGUGACACAACAAUAAUAAAAAAGCAUCUUUCCAUAUGCAGCUGCGCUCACUGCCUAAUGACGAGACGCCACGAGUCGACGUUAUUCUGUACUUAUGAAGUCAUGAAUAGAAGAUCAUUAAUGGUUCAUGAGCAGGAAGAACGAAGACAUAAAGAUUCAGGAAGGAGAAACUGAAGGAAAAAGACAGAAAAUCUAAAUAUAUAAAGUCAGUGGAAGUGACGUAGACGUCCACUCUGGAACGGCGAUAGCUUCGUAAGUAGAGAGUUUAGUUUUUUAACGGUUAGUUUUAACGCCGUACGUUUACUUACGGAACCGUUAAACCGUUUCAGAAAGCCUUUUAUUGUCUCACGCCAGUUUUCUAUGAUUUAUAUUCAAGACGGUUUAAAAUGAGUCGUUUUGUUAACAGUAAAUUGGUGCUUCAGUGGGAGGAACAUUAACAAGUUAAACUUUUCAGAUCAUUAAUCGCAUGUAUUGGCGCAUUAACGCUGACAGUCCUGAAAUAUAUAUUUCAAAGUAGGUUUUUCUUUAUCAGGUUAUCAUUUAAUUAAAUACAGGCUCUAUCACUGUGACUGCAGAGUCUAUGCACCUUUUCGCUGCUUGAAGACAAACUGCAUAGAUCAUUUCAUUUCUUUUUUUCAUUUUGGGAAAUCGUUGUUAAUCUCAUCUGAUUUAUUCCCUUAAAUCAGAGCGAUCAAAGAGUCGGAUAAUAGUAGAUUAGAUUAGAUUAAACCAAUCUUUCUCAAACUGGGAUCCCCGGACCAUAGUUUGGUACAGCUAGCUUACCAAAGGAUUGUGUUAAAAACAGUAAUGGAUAAUUGGGUUAAGACAAUUUAUACCACAGCAGAUACAAAAAACUACAAAUGAAACAAUUCAAUCAUAUAAAAAUCUAUUGUCAAUCUCUUUCUGUUAAAUACAUUUUAAAAAUAUGACACUAUUUAAAUAUUUAGUCAUUAUUCCAUCUAUAGUUUCAGUCAUGCAGAACUGAUGUGAUCGUUUCCAUAGCAACAAUCAGAAGCAAGACCUUGCACCAGCGCUCCAGUGAGGUCAUUGAUGACAUCACAGACCUUCUAUGAUGACCUCAUAGAAGGUCUAUGAGGCUUUAAAUACCUGUAACUCAGUUCAUCGUCAGUCAGGAUCCAAACAGUUCAGAGAAACUCAACUUCGUGUCAGACAAGAAUUUUUAGCACUUCAGAGAUGCCUUAUCCUUUGAUUUUUCCACUCGGUUGGGGACUUGGAUACCUGGUAACAACAGGUAUGAAGAAAUUGUGUGACCAUUACCUGCCAGGAAAGGAUUUGGACCAGAGUGUCUCUCAGGAUGACAACACUUCCUCUGGGAACAAACGUACAACGGUUCCCAAACAGCAAACGGACCCGGCUGGGUCCGAUUGCCUAGAACAGGAGCCACUUAUUUUCGAGGACACUGACAUUAAUAAUACGGAGAUUUCAGAAGGCAGUACAGAGGACAAGAACACUUCCAUUGGGAACCAACUUUCAAUGGUUCCCCAAGACCAAACUGACCCGGCUGGGUCAGUUUGGUCCGUCAACCAGAAAGUGGACGAUGAAGCCUCGGUUCUGGAUCUGACCAAGACAUCGUCUCCCGUCGCAACUCAGGAUGUGAGUUCAGUCUUUGGGAACAAUUUGCCCAUUGUUCCCACAGAACAAACUGACCCGGCUGGGAAAGUUUCUUCAGGGACUGAACUCACAGAGGAACCUCUGAAUUCGUCGAUUUCAUCUCUGGCUUUGUCAGAGAUGAAAUCGAUCAACGGCAAAUUUUCCAGCACCUCUGAUUUGAACAGUUCCUCGGACGAGGAAUUUGUUUCAGAGGGUCGUAGAGUUUACAAUGAGAACAGAGUCCUAGAUCUGUCUAAGAACUCAUUGUCAAAGCGUGGGGUUUCUGUUGAACCUGAACUGAACUGCCCCCCGGACGGGGAGGCUGGUUUAACGGACAGGAGCAGCAAUGAAACCCCAGCUAACGAUGGUUCUUUAAUGUUUCCUAAAGACAAAACUACCCCGGACGGGGUAGUUGUCUCUCACAAUGAGAGGAAAGUCGUCGGAAACCAUUGCUGCACUGUUCCUCAGGAACAAACUGACCCGGAUGGGAAAGUUGAACAUGAGGAGCAAAGCAGAACGAGACAGACGGAGGACAUCUGUAGGUUUGUAAACCACUACAACAACAGCUGGAUGAAUGCCGGGUUUCAGAGUGUUCUGAACCUGAGCGUCACCAGACGGUGUCUGGCCCAGAGACACCUGUUCAGAGAGGCUUCGUCAAUGCCAAACUGUGCUAGUCUGAUCCAUACUGCCGUCCACAAACCUGGAUAUUAUUUCUCCCCAGCAGAAAUCUCCCUGGUUUUGAUGGAGCUGCGGGAAAGGGAACCAUCACCAGAGCUGGGAAAACAAUUUCAAAUCUCUUGUUUGCUGGAGUCGGUUCUUGUCUGGCUCGACUCGUACGGCGGCAGCACAGAUUGUGAAAUGUACUGUGAGAACACUUGUACAGGAUGUGGAACAUCGUUCUCACAACUCCUGAAUAACAGCCCCAUCGUGGUUCUCCCGUCCUCGACUUCGCUCAACAACACCGCUUUACUGUUUAAUAAUUGGAUAAAUUUGUGGGGCCAGCCUGAUUGUUCCAGCUGCAGGUCCAGCUUAAACCGGAAGAAUGUCCUGAGCAACAACACCGUGAUCGUGCUGUUUCUGCCACGCCCAACUUUUGGCUCCUCAAUCUGCCUCUGUCAUUCGAAGCGUUUCAUCUCUGCUUCUUUCACCGGAAAUCUUUCAGUUUCGUCAUCAGGAACUGAGCGCUAAGAUUCGUCUUCCUGUCAACUCUUGGAAAGUUGCCUAAUGAUUUCCCAGAGAUGAUGCAAAAACAGAAAUACAAAGGAAAAACUAUCUUUGAUUACUCAGCGAAACCUUCUCGUUGUGAACGUGAAACAACUUCGUUUUUUAAAACUUUUGAGAAGCUUGAAGGAGUUUGUUUGUGCUGAAGCAGUGAAACAUCUAACGCAUGAGGGGCGCCGGCCCUUUAAGAACAGUAAUUGGACAAUCCUGAUCAAAGCUGAUGAGACUAAAUGACUGUGGAUCGACCAAUCAGGGACUUCCUGUUUACCUAAAGCUUCCUGUGAUUAAACCAGGAAGUAUUUGACUCCUCAGCUGCAGAGGAAUCAUCUCUGAACACCGAAAUGGAUAGAAACUAGUUACAGUUACUCAGUUACAUUUACUGGAGUAACGUU